CGCGGCCAAGGACGUCAGGCUUACUCUAGUGGCAAUUGGCUGAGAGCAUGUGGCGUGGAGGGGAGCUGGCGCGACUGAUUGGACAUGCUUUUAGGGGGCGUGGUCUGAAGGCGUGGCUUCCUGCGAAGAGCGUUGAAAUACGGCGCGUCUCAGGACCUCACCGGAUUUCUUGUUGGCAUCUCUGUGUUCUAGGUCAGACCAGACAUCCUGUUACAAUGCCUGAAAUAAAUACCAGCCAUCUCGAUGAACAACAGGUUCAACUUCUGGCAGAGAUGUGUAUUCUUAUUGAUGAAAAUGACAAUAAAAUUGGGGCUGACACCAAGAAAAAUUGUCACCUGAAUGAAAACAUUGACAAAGGAUUAUUACAUCGAGCUUUUAGUGUCUUCUUGUUUAAUACUGAAAAUAAGCUCCUGUUACAGCAGAGAUCAGAUGCUAAAAUUACCUUUCCAGGUUGUUUCACCAAUAGUUGCUGUAGUCAUCCAUUAAGUAAUCCAGGAGAGCUUGAAGAAAACGAUGCCAUUGGUGUAAAACGAGCUGCACGGAGGCGCUUAAAAGCUGAAUUGGGAAUACCCUUAGAAGAGGUUGAUCCAAAUGAAAUGCAUUAUCUAACACGAAUUUACUACAAAGCCCAAUCUGAUGGCAUCUGGGGUGAACAUGAAAUUGAUUAUAUUUUGUUUCUGAGGAAGAACGUAACCUUGAAUCCAGAUCCCAAUGAGAUUAAAAGCUAUUGCUAUGUAUCAAAAGAAGAACUCAAAGAACUUAUGAAGAAAGCAGCCAGUGGUGAAGUUAAGUUAACUCCGUGGUUUAAAAUUAUUGUAGACACUUUUCUCUUUAAAUGGUGGGAUAACUUAAACCAUUUGAGUCAGUUUGUUGAUCACGAGAAAAUACACAGAAUGUGAAUGUGUAAAUGAAUUGAAAUUUUUUUCUGCCUAGUAAGGAUGUCUUGUUGUUUUCUUCUGAGCUGGGCUUCCUUGUAUGAUACAUAGGUAUUUUACAACCAGAAUUUGUUUGGGAAAAACUUAAACUUUUAUAGUAUAUAUGCACUGAUAUUUAUAAAAGACAUUUAUGAGAGGUUAUUGCAAAAUCAUACCACAAAUAAAACUUAAUUUAGCCUAUCCAAAUACAUGACUAUGACAAGAUUGAAGAAGUAAGUAGGAUUCUUCAUUCUUUACAUUUUGACAAACAUCUUCAGAAUACUUUGCUAUUUGCCAAGUGUUCUUUAUAUCGUUAAGUUUUUUCAUUGGCCAGAAAAAUGAGCAAAAGAGACUGCUUAGCUACUUCAAAACAGCCCUAAUAGAUUAAAUGGUCAAGGCAGGGGAUACGCUCAGUGGUACCAUGAUUGCCUUGUAGGCAUGAUGAGGUCAUGGGUUGUUAAGUCCCUAGUCCUUAAAAUAACUAAAGCAAUAACAGUUAACAGGUAGAGCAGGGUCAAGGGAGAGUAUGUGGUAUCUAAUCGUCCCUCAUGCUUCAGGACCCACUUCAUAACCAGAACUCUGGAUGCUCAAGUCUUCUACAAGAUGAGAUUGCACAUCUUGUAUAAGACCUAUGCACAUCUUUCAUGUUGGAUUGCUUGUAGCACUGAAUACAGUGUAAAUGCUAAUGUAAAUGACUGUUAUACUGUGCUUUGUGGUAAGUAAAAGUCUGCAUAUUCAGUACACAUCAAAUAUUAAUAUGCAGUUGGUUUGAACCCUUGGGUAAUUGGCCCAAAGAUUUGAAAGGCCAGUCCUAUAUGCUAAUUUUUGUCAUUUUCCAUUGAUUUUGUGCUUUAACCAUUCUGAGAUUGUUUUACUACUUAACUAUUACUUUUAGUGGGAAUGGCAACUGCUUAACUCUUUUAAAUAGUUAUUUACCAUUUAGCAAAAUCUGUCCAUAAUUGUAGUGGAAGAGAUGUUAGUCAUAAGGUGGGAGUGAGUUCUUUACAAGAGUUGAGAAAACUUUUAGCACUACCAGGCCUAGGCCUGGAUAAUCUUGUAGGGGUCUGACCUGGGUUGGAUGUUUUAGUAGAAUUGUGUACCCUGUACACUCUAUCAUUUAGCACCCCUUUGCUAAGACAACAACAAAAUGUGGGUGGGCUGGGUUUUGAGGCAGGCUUUCUCUGUGUAGCCCUGGCUCUUCUAGAAUUUACUCUGUAGACUAGUCUAGCCUUGGGACUUAGGAUCCACCUGCCUCUGUCUUCCAAGUGCUUGGAUUAAAGGCACGCACCACCAUACCCAGCAACAACCCAAAUUUUAAUGGAUGAUACAAGUGUCCAAUAGGGGUAGAGAUACCUCUAGUCAAGAACCACUCACUGUUCUGUAGUCAGGGCUUACUUUAGAGGUGGAAACACGAGGAAAUAGUAGUGAGGGAGUUUAUAAUAAUAUGAUGAAUAGGUAUAUAAUGAGAUUUUGAUGUUAUAGAAUAGGCAUAUAUUGAGAUUGUGUCUUGAUUGAUGUACUUUUAAAAACUUGCUACAGGUGUGUCAACUUUGAAAUCUUCAGAUGGCUUUAGACUUAAGUGCUAUGUAAUAAUUUUCUUCUUAUAAAAAUUUUAUAAAUUUUAAUUUAUUGGUAA